GGAUUAUUCAUUGUUCUCAUUACGCUCUCCACAUACUUCCUCUGUUUCCAAGGUAUUAAGUCACGAGCGAGUGUGGGCUUGCUCGUCGUGACUAUGAUCAUGUUUGCCACCUCUUCCACGUACUUGGGCCUCAGCUUGGCCAAUGCCUUAUUGAACUCCCAAAUUAAUCUGUACGCGGCCAUACAGAGUGCCACGGACGUACAACUUUCAAUCUAUCAUAAACUCAUCCAAAUGCUAGUGUUACCGCGACUACAGAACGCACAGAAUUUCUUGCCUGUCAUCAACUAUGUCCUCAGUGAUGCGAUCGUCAUUUGGAGAGCUUGGGUUUUAUGGGAACAUAACCUUCGAGUCUUAGCCGCCCCAAUAGUUCUACUAAUUGGAACCACUGGUGCGGCAUUAGCUAGCGCGGCUUUCGAAGUCAAGUUGGCUGCUGAUGGAUACCACACAACUGCGGCUUCGGGUAAUCUCACGUCCCUUGGCAACCUCCAAUAUGCUGUCUGGUUCAUGACACUGGCCACAAACCUCGUUGCCACAGUGCUCAUUUCAAUCAAAGCGUGGCAACAUCGACAGGUUUUGAGAGCUACCAUGGGCGCAGGGAAUGGAAGCACGAUGGCGGAAAGGAUGAUGGCCCUUCUCGUUGAGUCUGGCGCUCUCUACUGUGUGAUCUGGGCAAUCUUCAUACUGGCUAACUUCGAUUUCUUCGGCCAAAUUGGCAAUGAUAUCACUAGAGCUAUUAUGGUACAAGUCACGGGUAUAUACCCUACAGUGAUCGUUGUCUUGGUCGCCCUCCGGCGAACAGCCUGGGAUGUGAACUACACCAACGACGAUACAAUUCCAUCCAAAACACACGUCGUUAUCAAGUUCCCCUCUUCUGAUAGCAGUCGUUCUUUUAAACGGAGCAAAGCAUCGAUCAAGCCCAAUGGGGAGGUGUGA